AAAAAACUUCAUUUCAAAACAAACACUCGCGCAGAAGAACUUCGUCCCGUUCGCGCCUCUUUCGACAAGGGAGCGCCGAGGUUUCCACCGUCUAAAUGUUCCCCCGAAACACAUUCCUGCGAAAAAUAAAGGUUCCGGAUCUUUUUUUUCCUCGGACGCGUAAAUUCCAACUUCUUCGACGGAUUCCCAAAGAAGGCGAAUAAUACAUUCGUUACACUUAAGGGACGGUGCGCUUUAACGUAGGAGAGGAGAAGAGAAGAAAGGGAGAGGAGAGGAGAGCAGAGGAGAGGAGGAGGAGGAGUGGGCACAGCGAGUUCCGCCUUCCGGGACAGCGAAGCCACACGGCGGUCGGCUGCGAUGGGGAAGUGGGCAGGACCGAGCGCUGCGCCCUAGGGGGCUCGUCGCGCUUGAACGCGUCGCUGCUUUCGCUUUUCCCCCUCCGGUCCUCGUGAGAAGACGCUCCAUCAUGAUGGAGCUGAGCGCCGCGGGCCGCCUGGACUUCUACAUCGGCCUGGCGCUGGCCGUGAGCUCCAGCCUCUUCAUCGGCUCCAGCUUCAUCCUGAAGAAGAUGGGGCUGCUGCGCCUGGCCAGCAAGGGCUCCACCCGAGCAGGACAGGGGGGCCAUGCCUACCUCAAAGAGUGGCUGUGGUGGGCCGGACUUAUUUCGAUGGGACUAGGGGAAGCGGCUAACUUUGCAGCGUAUGCUUUCGCCCCAGCCACACUGGUGACCCCGCUAGGAGCCCUCAGUGUUUUGGUGAGCGCGGUUCUCUCCUCCUAUUUCCUGAACGAGCGGUUGAAUGUUCAUGGGAAGAUUGGUUGCUUGCUCUGCAUCAUGGGAUCUACAGUGAUGGUUAUACAUGCCCCACAAGAAGAGGAAGUGGCCUCCUUGAGUGCCAUGGAAGAAAAGCUUAAAGAUCCAGCUUUCAUUGCAUAUGCUGCGUGCGUCGUGGUGAGCAGUUUAGUCCUCAUCUGCUUCAUUGCGCCACGGUACGGACAGAAGAACGUUCUCGUCUACAUUCUCAUCUGCUCAGCUAUUGGCUCCCUGUCCGUGUCCUGCGUCAAGGGCCUCGGCCUUGGUAUCAAGGAGCUCUUUGGCGGGAAGAGCGUUCUGAAGGAGCCCCUGUUCUGGGCCUUGCUCAUGUGCCUGGUGGCCUGCGUCAGCGUGCAGAUCAACUACCUGAACAAGGCCUUGGACAUCUUUAACACGUCCAUUGUCACUCCCAUUUACUACGUCACCUUCACCACAGCUGUCAUGGGUUGCUCCGCCAUCCUCUUUCGUGAGUGGUUAAGCAUGACGGCCGACGGGGCGCUGGGCACGGUCAGCGGCUUCCUCACAAUCAUCCUGGGCAUCUUCCUCUUGCAUGCCUUCAAGGACAUCGCGUUCACGUGGGACAGUCUCCCACUUUUCCUCCGGGCGGGUCAUCAGGAAUCCGUCUGGGGUCCCCCUUACAUGGCCCUGAGGACUGAGGAGACAUCCGCUGAUGCCAGUGUUCUGCCUUCUCAAAAAUCAGGCAGAAAAGGACAUUCCUCAGAGUGUUCGGUCUGAAAUUACAAAAUUCUAUGCAUUGUAUUAAUGGUAAAGUUUAUGUGCCUUAUGAACCAUGUCUGUAAUAUACCAGAUAUUUACAAAAUCAGACUUUCUUGUGAGAAUCAAAGACCCUCAGGAAAUUAAAUGUUGUAAGCUUGUAUUAGAUGCAGUUAUUGUUCUUUGAAAGCUGAAAAUUUUGUACCGAGGUAGAAUUCACAAAGGCUUUGAACUAUUGUGCGUGUUGCCUUUGAGCUCUUCCUGUCGGUACAGACUGAACACAGUGUGUCUUAAAGAUUUUUUUCCUUAGUAUUAAUUUUCAUGAAUACUGUAAAUUAGUCUAUAGAAAAUUGAUGGCGAUCACUCAGUUGCACUUGUUAAUGUUUUGUUGAUUCUGCACAUUUAUACAAUAUUUUGUAAUGUAUGGAAAUACCAGAUUAACUAUUUAUACUU